AUGGUCAGCAGUGCGAAGCUGGAGGCUUCCCCCCAACAGCCUCCUCAAGCGGCUGCCGCUCCGGUGCCUGCAAAGAAGAUCCAUUAUCCUUUUUGGUUUGGUGGUUCGGCCUCCUGCUUUGCGGCGGCCGUCACACACCCUUUGGACCUUGGUAAGUUUUUUUCAUUUGGCGCUCUGGUUCGAUUGCAAACUCGCGGGCCUGGGGCGCCCACCUCCAUGGUGGGAACGUUUCGACAUGUGAUUAAGACCGAUGGUGUUCGGGGCUUGUAUAGCGGGCUAUCGGCCGCGCUUCUGCGCCAGGUGACCUACUCGACGACGCGGUUCGGCAUCUACGAGGAACUCAAGAACUAUUUCACAACGCCCGGGUCGACGCCCAGUUUCUUCACGCUGAUCGGGAUCGCGUGCGCCUCGGGCUUCAUCGGCGGCUGGACCGGCAACCCGGCGGACGUGCUGAACGUGCGCAUGCAGUCGGACGCGGCGCUGCCGCCGGCGCAACGCCGCAACUACCGCCACGCCUUCCAUGGGCUGGUGGAGAUGACGCGCACCGAGGGCGCCGCCAGCCUGUUCCGCGGGGUGUGGCCGAACUCGACGCGCGCGGUGCUGAUGACCGCCUCGCAGCUGGCCUCGUACGACACCUUCAAGAAGCUGUGCAUCGAGCGCAUCGGCAUGUCGGACAACCUGGGUACGCACUUCGCCGCCUCGUUCAUGGCCGGCUUCGUCGCCACCACCGUCUGCAGCCCCGUCGACGUGAUCAAGACCCGCGUCAUGACCGCCAGCCACGGCCACGGCCAGAGCAUCCCCGCCCUGCUGCGCGAGAUCACCCGCAAGGAAGGCUACGCCUGGGCCUUCCGCGGCUGGGUGCCCAGCUUCAUCCGGCUGGGUCCGCACACGAUCGCCACCUUCAUCUUCCUGGAGGAGCACAAGAAGCUCUACCGGUGGGUGAAGGGGAUCGAAUCCGAGGAGAAGCGGUGA